AUGUUUGAGGAGCAGGUGACAAAAGUCAAGAUCACGUCCGUGGUGAUAGUCGUUGGGAUGUCGGCGAUGCUGGCUGCAGUGGUGACUGACCACUGGGCAGUUCUCAGUCCCCGGGUGGAAAAGCUCAACGCCACAUGUGAGGCGGCCCACUUUGGCCUCUGGAGGCUUUGCAAGAAGACCAUAUUCAUCAUGAAAGAAGACCCUCAGGGCAAAGGAUGUGGCCCUAUCAGCUUACCUGGAGCAAAAAACUGCUCCUACUUCAAGCACUUCACAUCGGGCGAGGAAGCCGAGGUUUUUGAAGUGAAGACCCAGAAAGAGUACAACAUCUCAGCAGCAGCCAUCGCCAUCUUCAGUUUGUUCUUCAUGAUCCUGGGCACUCUGUGUGUCAUCUUCUCCUUUGGGAAGGGGCGAGACUACUUGCUCCGGCCUGCUGGGAUGUUCUUUGCUUUUGCAGGCCUUUGCAUUAUCAUUUCUGUCGAGGUGAUGCGUCAGUCUGUCAAGAGAAUGAUCGCCAGUGACGAGACCAUCUGGAUCGAAUACUAUUACUCCUGGUCAUUUACCUGCGCCUGCGCCUCCUUUACCCUGCUCAUCCUCAGCGGAGCAGCCCUGCUCCUCAUCUCCAUGCCCCACAUGCCCCGGAACCCCUGGGAGACCUGCAUGGACGCUGAGCCCGACACCUUGGAUUAG